GCAGCUGAGUGCACCGCGCGCGGCCCUGCUCCCCGGCACCGCCUCCAGGUGCGCUUCCCGGCCUGGGGCUCGCGGGGCGGGUCCCGCUGAUUACGUGGCUAGCCGCCGCCAGCUCCUCAUCCUCCUCAGUCGCCAGUGCGGUGCGGCCAAGCCGAUCUCCUGGCUUCUCCUCCUCCCUUUUUUCUCUCACUGCCUCCUGCGCAGACGGCGUGCCCCGUGGCACUGGGCUGCUGGCCUGCGGGUGAGGAGCGGCGCAGCGCCCCUGUCCGGCCAGCUCACCUUGCCCGGCCCGGCUGUGCCCGAGUGGCGACGGUCCCCCCAAGACACACUUUUCCCUGCAGGAUGAAGAACCCAAUGCUGGAGGCGGUGUCACUAGUGCUGGAGAAGCUGCUCCUUAUCUCCAACUUCAAGCUCUUCAGUUCAGGCGCCCCGGGCGAAGACAAGGCAAGGAACACUUUCUAUGAGAUCAACUCUUUUCUCCGCGGCGACGUGCUGGAGGUGCCUCGGACCCACCUGACACACUAUGGCAUCUACCUGGGCGACAACCGUGUCGCCCAUAUGAUGCCUGACAUCCUGUUGGCCCUGACUGAGGACAAGGAGCUCACGCAGAAGGUGGUCUCCAACAAGCGUCUCAUCCUGGGCGUCAUUGGCAGGGUGGCCAGCAUCCGCGUGGACACAGUGGAGGACUUCGCCUACGGAGCCGACAUCCUGGUCAAUCACCUGGAUAGGGCCCUCAAGAAGAAGGCGCUGCUCAACGAAGAGGUGGCGCGGAGGGCGGAGAAGCUGCUGGGCAUGACUCCCUACAGCCUGCUGUGGAACAACUGCGAGCACUUCGUCACCUACUGCAGGUUCGGCACCGCGAUCAGCCCCCAGGCCGACAAGUUUUGUGAGAAUGUGAAGAUAAUUAUUCGUGAUCAGAGAAGUGUUCUUGCUUCGGCAGUCUUGGGAUUGGCAUCUAUAGUCUGUCUGGGUUUGGCAUCAUAUACUACCCUUCCUGCAAUUUUUAUUCCAUUCUGCUUAUGGAUGGCUGGCUAACUUCAUACCCUCGUUUCAGUGUGUGUAUUCUGUGUGUAGAUAUGUUUAUAUUUAUAGAGCACAAAUCAGUAUAAGCAUCGUUGAGAAAAAUGUGACCUGUAAUACUGCGUUCUGGAUAAAAAUGUGAUUAAGAAUCACACAAAGUGCUUACCGUGUAAGCCCAAGAACAAAGGCUUUCUGAAUCUUCCCAGGCAGUUCCAUUUCAAAGCACUGCGAAUCUUGGAAACAUGACAGCUUGUGCUAGAAUUCUCCAUCACAAGAAAAUCAGCCCCUAAGAUGAUGGCCGCAGGAGAUUAUUUGUGUUAUUUUUUUUUUCUCCUGUAAUCAUUGUUCUUCUCUGUUAAGCCUGAAUUAGAAGAUUGGAAAAUUUACUGAACGAGACCACUAACUUUAUUGUAAAUUUAUAUUGUUUCAUUGAAAAAUUAUAUUAAACUUAAAAAUUUUCCCUUAUUCAAAACAUGUUUGAUGAUUGGCCAAAAAAAAUCACAAUUUUUUCACGUAUUACAUAUAAUUUCCAAUAGGUCAAGAAUAACUUCAUUACUUGAAACAAUAUUGGCAAAGGUAAGGUUUAAUGAUAAAGUAACUGACCAGAACUAUAGAAAUCUGUGUUUUCCUGCAGAAAUAGCUACUAAUGCUAUAGUUUGAUUUGAUUUGGCUUUACUUAGUAGGAAACCUGGCAUUCAUUUUUUUUUCCUUUUAUUUUCCACUGUAGUUACUGUAAACCACUCUGAGAGGAAAAUGAACAUAGGAUUGAAGUAAUUCGGGUACUUGGAGUGCGUAUGUACCAGUUAAAUACACAGAUAUCCACAUACACUCAGACUGAUGAGAGAGACAAAUUAAGUUAGUUCUUGAUUGCUUUAUUAUCAUACCAGUGUAGUUAGUAUAGAGCAUUGGUGGAGGUGAACGUAAAAGCAUGUUCAAUCCAUUUUCUUAUGCCCUUGCGUCUGUGGUGUAACUUGCAUGUAUGUCAUCACUGCAUAGUUUAAUUUUAAAGCACUUACUAAUGCACUGUAUAAUUUGUAAAAGCCCUGAGAUUUGUUUCAUUUGUUCCAUUUCAUUGCUAAGUCAGUAUAGUUUACAUCCUUAAAAGAAUGAUGCUUCAGCAAUAUAUAAAACCCAAACAAGUAGGACCAAAGGAAAUAACUGUUAGAAAUCAUUUUUAAGUGUCUUAGUACCACCAGGCAUGUAAGUUGAUUACACAGAGGCUGUUUUAAUAUCAGAGUUGAGACGUAGCAGUGUUAAAGCAAGCAUGCAAGUACUUUUACAAAAUUACCAAAUUCUAAAAAGUAACCUACAAGCUAGACUUGCAUUUCAAGUAUUAAAAUUGCUUUAUAAACUAUCAAGAACCACAAAAUAAUGAGUCACAUAAUGAGUGGUAUGAGGAGGGUGGGGUUAGUCACUCAAAUCAAAACAAAUUUAAGAGCAGAUUUUAGUACAUCACCACUAAUUUACCUACAACAAAUUCAGUUAGAGUUUAAUAAUAAACUUUAAUUAUUUAAAUGUUUUGAAUAAUUGAAGCAUGAAAUGACAAACGCCACAGAGUAAAGUGUUCUAUGGGCCUAUUCCAACCACUUAAAGUUAUCUUAAGUGUGUAUACAUAAAAACAACCACUAUGAGAACUCCAUUGUAUGAGUGGUUUUUCACUUACUGUAUAUUACUCAU